AUGGACCUGGAUACAGAUGAUGCAGUUUCAGAUCACCGCACCGCGGAGCAAAGGGGUCGGCGAACCUCGAACCUCCGCUCAUGCUUCAAUUGCAAUCGCAAAAAGAUUCGAUGUGACAAGAAGCUCCCAUGUACGGCAUGCACUCGGUCAGAUAAGCAAUGUUCCUACCCGGCUUCGGGCCCCAGGAGCAGGAGGACCAAGAUGACCAUGAUGGAGGAGAUGGCAUCACGAGUUUCCACCCUCGAGAAGUCUCUGAAGGACGCGAGAAACCAAACUUCAUCAGUUGCGACAUCGAGUGCACCGGCCUCUGGGAGCACAGUAACUACACCCCGCAUGCAAACUGGCGAUUCUGGCGAAAGGAUAAGGGACGAUAUUCUCGUCCAGGAGGGGUCUUCGAGUCAGUAUUUCAAUGAGAUUCUCUUGUCAAGGGUUCUAGAAGAGGAGCACCAUAUUGGAUCUGCCCUGACAAACCAGGCUACAACGCCAACUCCUCGAACUGAACACCCAUCAAUUUCCCCCUUUAGUGCUCUCGGUAUUGUCUCUUCUCCCUUCUUUACGCAGACACCAAGCACUUUUCAUCCAUCCAAAUCAGUGGCGAUGAGAUUGUGGAAUGUCUACGUUACAAAUGUGGACUGUGAUGCUUGCCAGAAAUUAUUGCACGUUCCCACCGAUGAGGCCAAGGUGUUUUCGACCGUCGACAAACCCAACGAAGCACCCUUGGACAAUCAUGCUCUGUGUUUUGCCAUAUACUAUUGUGCGGUGGUAGCACUCGACGAGGCAGACGCCUAUCCUAUUCUAGGAGGCGAAAGAGCUCCCCAUCUUCUCAGUUUCAAAAUUGGUUUAGAACAAGCUCUCGCACAAGCCGACUACCUAGAUCAACCGACUGUGACAUCACUUCGUGCACUGGCGAUAUACCUGGCAGCACUUCGCGUCAACAAUCGAGGCAGGGGUGUCUGGGUUCUCAACGGUCUUGCCAUCCGUCUGGCUCAGUCGAUAGGCAUACAUCGUGACGGUGCUCGACUGGGUCUAUCUCCCUUUGAGUCCGAAAUCCGACGCCGUCUAUGGUGGCAUCUGCUCAGUCGAGACGGUCGUGCCGGGGAAGACUAUGGUCUCCAAGACACCGAGCAUCUCCUGCUGUCGUGCGACGUCCCUUUGCCUCUCAACGUCGACGACGCUGACCUUUAUCCUGACAUGAAAGAACUCCCGCCGGAAAGAAAAGGCUGGACAGGCAUGACUUUCGACCUGAUCAACAUUGAAUUAGUCAAGGCUGCACAGAGACUAUCCGCACUCGCUGCUUCAUCGUAUUCAUCUCCAGGGGUGGCACCUAGCGAAGACGUGCGCAAAAGUGUCCUCGACCAGAGCAGAGAACGAAUUCAAGAGCGCUUGAGAUACUGCAACCCUGUCAUUCCACAGCAGCGCAUGACUCUCUUUUGCGCCUCGUGGCUCCUACGCAAGGUCGACUUCGUCACGCGCCAACAGUGGAGUUUGUUACAACAUCAUUCAAGCCCACGAAGCGAAGAUUUUGCAACCGAAGAGAACCUUCAGGAAGCGCUCGAACUCCUGCAGCCGAGACUUGAAGAAGGAGAUGAGCUGCUAAAGCCUUACGGGUGGGCGAAGAAAGCGUACCCGCAAUAUCAUGUCACGAUGUACGUGUUGUGGCAUUUAUGUAUCAAACCUGACGGGCCAAGCACGGGUAGAGCAUGGCGUGCUGUCGAUACCUUGUUCUCGACCGAGUUGUGGCACGAAACCACGUCCGGGUACGGGCCGAAGUCUGCGGUGCUGGAAGCUCUCAAGUUGAAAGCGUUGUCUGUGAGAAGUAGAACACAGCAUGGGAAUCCUUCGCGUACUAACUCCAGCGUCGAUCCAUCUUUGAACCCGACCGGAGAUGGUACAUCUCUACCGCCCGAUAGCGACCCAACGGAUGGCUUUUUCGCUAAUACUGAAGAGUUCAGUGGAUUAGGAUUCGAUAUCGGUGAUGAAAACUGGCCCGACUGGACAACUUUGGCUCAGGGGUAUCAGUACGAUGGACCAGGAUCGUUUCUCUAG